AUGCGGAAGGCGACCACGGAAUCACUACAGAAGGCGAUAAGAGAGAGAAUCGUCUCGAGGUAUGGCGUCCCGAAAAUCGUAAUCACGGACAACGGGGUGCAAUUUACCAGCAAGGCGUUUAAAAGAUUUCUGGAAGAAUUGGGUGUGCGACACCAAUUCACUGAGCCAUACACGCCCCAGGAAAACCCGACAGAGAGGGCAAACAGAACAGUAAAGACGAUGAUCGCCCAGCUCGCGGGGGCCGACCAGAGGACCUGGGACGACAAAUGGCCAGAACUUCAGCUGGCGGUGAAUACCAGUGUGGCGGAGUCCACCGGGUCGCCAGCGUUCGUCACCCAGGGUCGAGAACCCAGGCUUCCAAAAGCUCUUUUCGACGAGCACACAAUCGGGACCGGAAAGGCGACGCAAACACCAAAGGAAAAUGCACAGAAACUUUCGGAAAUUUUUGAAGUCGUCAGGCGUAACAUGAAGAAAACAGCGCAGUAUCAGGCACGACACUAUAACCUGCGGAGGAGGCCAUGGACGCCGAGGAUUGGCGACAAGGUCUGGGCCAAAGAGCACAUCCUGUCCAAAGCAGUGGACGGCUUCGCGGCGAAAUUGGCCCCAGAUAUGACGGGCCGUUCACAAUCACUAAUUUUAUUUCCCCGGUAA